AUGUGCAAGGUCAAGGUCACCGCUUACCUUUUCGACUGCGACCACGUGGCAAAGAUAUUCUCGGACGUACAAAAGUGCGAGGACGCAGUGCGCCUCGAGAAUGAGUGUCUAGAGACGCCCUAUGAGGAGAAGAUGAUAGUUGUCGAGGGCAAGUGCCCUGAGUGUGUUGGGGACCCGGAGCACGAGAUGGAGUUUGAAGACGAACAGGCGGACGCUGCCAAGGCCGACAAGGCUCACCCAAAGCCUAAGCACAAGUCUGACUUUUUCAAGGUGGUGAUGAACGAGGAGAGUGAGAAAUAA